AUGGCUCGGUUUGGUCUGGUUCUUGCCCUGGCUCUUUGCCUUACCAUCUCCGUGUUUCCUGACACGACCACUGCUCAGCUCAAACAAAACUUCUACGCGAAGUCAUGUCCAAAUGUUGAAGCUAUCGUGAGGAAAGUUGUCCAAGAAAAAGUCAAACAGACAUUCGUCACCAUCCCAGCUACUCUCCGUCUCUUCUUCCACGAUUGCUUCGUCAACGGAUGUGAUGCGUCGGUCAUGAUUCAGUCAACGCCUAACAACAAGGCCGAGAAGGAUCAUCCAGACAACAUAUCUUUGGCCGGAGAUGGAUUUGAUGUUGUGAUCAAAGCUAAGCAAGCUCUUGACAAAUUCAAAGGUUGUAAGAACGUAGUUUCUUGUGCUGAUAUCCUUGCCUUGGCCACCCGUGAUGUUAUUGUCGCCGCUAAGGGACCGUCGUACCAAGUGGAACUCGGUAGGCGUGACGGUUUGGUAUCGACCGCUGCUAGCGUCAACGGAAACUUGCCAGGACCAAAUGACAACGUUGACAAACUCAACAAGCUCUUUGCCAAAAACAAACUUACUCAGGAGGAUAUGAUCGCUCUUUCAGCUGCUCACACCCUCGGAUUCGCUCACUGCGGCAAAGUAGCCAACAGAAUCUACAACUUCAACCGCACACACCCUGUUGAUCCAACCAUAAACAAAGCCUACGUUAAAGAACUUCAAGCCGCUUGUCCCAAGAAAGUUGACCCAAGAAUCGCUAUCAACAUGGACCCCGUUACUCCAAGAACAUUCGACAACGUUUACUUCAAGAAUCUCCAACAAGGCAAAGGACUCUUCACUUCCGACCAAGUUCUCUUCACCGAUCGUCGCUCUAGACCCACCGUUGACGCUUGGGCCAAGAGCUCACCUGCUUUCAACGCUGCAUUUAUAAAGGCUAUGACCAAGCUUGGCCGCGUUGGCGUUAAGGUUGGAAACAACGGUAACAUCCGUCGUGACUGUGGAGCCUUUAACUAA